AUGUCGAUGCGUAUAAACAGCUUGUUCGAGCACGAGGCCCUGAUGAAACGACACGCAGAACAAAAUGAAAGUCCCAAUAACACUUCUGCUUCUGUCAUGACUACAACGAUAUUCGAAACACCAGAAGAGGGCCAGCAUAGUCAUGCAUCGCCUCCAAAGGCAACAGCUUCCAAUUCACAAUCAAAUACUACUUCGAAUUCUUCAAAGCCUGCUACUCAACGACAUCGCGCUUCUAUAGCAUGUGCAUCGUGCCGGGACCGUCGGAUCAGGUGCGUUGUGCCAGCUGGAGAACAAGAAUGUACGCAAUGUAAAAGAUCAAAAACCGAAUGCAUAAUAAAGAAUGAUGAUGAACGAAGAAGACCAAUAUCCAAAGCAUACAUGUCUUCUCUCACAGAUCGUGUCGCGCUGCUAGAAGGCAUGCUGCAAGAAACUGGAAAGGAGAUUCCACCUGCGUCCUACCCUCCGAAAACUCGAGGUGAGGCUACUGCGUCGCAGAACAAUAACCAAGAAAAUUCUCAGAACCUGUCUGGACCUCCGCCAGCGCAGAACACGACACCGAGAAGCAUAGCAGACGAGUCGACCGACGGAGAUAACGGAUAUCAAAAUGAGAGUAAUCUGUCAAAUAGCAUGAUGGAAACUCAUCCUCCGCCGAGGAUUCAACCAUCGAAGAAAGAAGGUCUGGUACAUAUGUUACUUUCUACUCGGGGCCAUCUGAGCUUCGAUCAACUCAGUGGUCGCUUACGAUUUUUCGGUCCCGCAUCGAAUUUUCACAUCUACGCAGAUAACAACAAUGAAGUCGAUACUCGAGAAACGCCCGAGCAGGUGCGAAGAACGGAACGAAUAAUACGAUCACUAACCAUCGAGACUCAUGAUUAUCUGAUGGAUCUGUUCUGGGAAUACUACAAUAGUGUACUUCAUAUUGUGCACCGAGAAGCUUUCAACGAAGAUAUGCAGAAUGCUAAUAAUAAAUACUAUUCUGGGUUCUUGCACAUCAGUAUUUUGGCGAUGGGCUAUAGAUUUGCGGAUCUGGAAAGAGAAGAUAUGAAGAAGAUUACAUUAGGAAACCGAGAGUGUACAUUACAUCGAGAGGCGAAAUAUAUGCUUGAUAUGGAAUUGGAAAGACCAGGUGGGAUACCCUCGGUACAAGCGUUUUUGUUACUCGGAGAUUUGGAGUGCGGAGUCGGACGUGAUAAUACUGGUUGGAUGUAUGCUGGAAUGGCAAACAGGCUUUGCUUCGAUCUCGGAUUACAUUUGGAUUGCCAGAAUGACGGACUUCCGGAGAAGGAAAUACAAAUACGACACAUGACAUUGUUUGCUUGUGUAAUUUAUGACAAAUACUGGGCAUUGUUUCUCGGUCGACCAACAGGUAUCAAAAGCCAAGAUCUUGAGAUGUACCGCUUGUCCAAACAGUUCGCUUGUCUGUCUGCUUGCAAACCGGCAGGGGUUCAGAAGAGCUUGGAAACACAAAUCUACGAAGAGCUUCUCGACUUGAUGGAACUGGCAGGCAAAAUAGCCGAGAUUCGAGAUUCAGGGGCUCAAAGUGCACAAGACGUCGACAAAGCAAACAGCGCAUAUCUAUACGUUAUGAAUCUCGACCGCCAGCUACAAACCUGGUACAGAAGACUUCCAGAAAAUUUAGCUUGGAAUCCAGAAAACAUCCAAACAGCACCAUUCUCCUUCUUCCUCCUCCACCAACAAUACCACUGCAGUCUAAUCCUCCUCCACCGACCCUGGGCCAAAUACGAAGAUCCCACGCCCGCCAACUCAGACGACGGCCACGACGAUGACACAUACAUGAACAUCGACGACAACCAUUCCUUCAUGUCCCGCUCCAUCUGCACCCGCCAAGCCAUCCGCGUCGCCCGCAUUUUCUGGCACCACCGCCAACGCUUCAACACCCGCCGCAUCUUCGUCACAGGCAUCCAGCACGCCGGUACCGCCGCCACCGCCCUCGUCGCCGCUCUCGCCUUCAUCAAAAACCCCGCAGACCGCAGGACAAACAUGCAGUACCUCGAGUGUCUCGCCUCCGCCCUCGGAGACAUGUCAUAUACCUACCAGCCCGCCGCCUCCAUGUCCUCGAUUCUCCAAGGCGUCAUGCUCGAACUCCAAACCCCCUCUUCAAAAACCCCGCCCCCCGAUUUCCGCUACCUGCGCAACGACAACAUUCUCAUCCCCGCGCGCCGCGAAAGCACAACCGACGCCUCCGACCUGCGCACCUUUAAAAAACGCCAACUCUCCAAAUCCUCAACACGACCUACAACACUCUCCUCCACCGUCUUCGCCACCACGCCCGCCUCUUUACCGUCCCAAACUAUGAGUUUUCCCGCGGAUAAUGGGGAGGGCUACGUGAUGAUCACGCCAAGAAGCGAGAGGGCUGUCUGGCCGACGCUGAAUAAUGAGUUGAAUCCGCUGGAUUAUCCGAUGACGUUUACGGGGAUGGGGAUGGGGAAUACGCCGUUGAAUUGGUUGGGGGAGGUGGGGAGUCCGUUUGGAGGCGGGGAGGAGGGGGGGCAAGCAGAGGGGGGGACGGGUGGUGGGGGAGGGAAGAAUACGGAGUUGGAUUUUUUUAGUUUUUGA